ACCACCGGGUCGGAUGUUAGAGCAGCACGCCACGCUCUCAGGUCGGAAGAGAUUAAACUCUCGCAAGUCGCGCCGACCACGUUUAUGCCCGUCGAGCAACGCGAUCCGUCGCUUGUCAAAUAAUACAACAAUUGUCUCGAUCAUAACAUUGCGCCGGAAAGAAGAUCAUCAAAUUAUUAUUUUAUCUUACCGGAAAUAAGGAGCAGAGAUCCGACGUCUUGACGUUCUGGACGGUUGCUGUGUAGCGACAGUUGGCGCAGAAUAGUGCGAGACUAUCGUUACGCGGACUUUGAAGAUCUUUAUACAUUAUUGCAUCCAAUCGUCAAUAAUAACAGAUAGAAAUGCUUUGAAUUUCGGAUUACGUCACCAGGAACGUACAUGAAGUAAACACACACUUUAAAAUUAAGGUCGUGUUCGAUGAACGAAUGAUUUGGCCGCGGCGGACGACUACGUCAGUGGUGCCAUCAUGUACAGCGUAGUAGCGCAUCAGAACUACGGCCGGGAACGGCGGGACAACCGGCAACAGUCGCAACAGCACCAGCACGACCAUCAUCACCACCACGGCCAUCACCACAACCAGAACCAUCAUCACGGGCAGCAAGCGGGCGGCGCAAGUUCCGACGGCGGUGGAGGCGGCGGCGUAGGAACCAGCGGGGGCCCUUGCGGUGACGGUUCGUCGCGGCAACAAGCUCAACAACACCACCAUCACCCGGACGGCAGGAGACGGUCACAGAGGCACCGGAAUCUGUCCAUCACCGGACGUUUCCUAAACUAUAUCAAACGCAGGUUCAACCCGGCACAAGAAGAAGAUAUUGAUGAAUUCAAUAUACACGUAUCGAGGUACAGACCAGAAGAGUUGACAAAGCUCACAAAAAUCACCAAGUUCAAUAAAAAAGAAAUUCAACUAAUUUAUAGAGGUUUUAAACAGGAGUGUCCUACUGGUAUGGUAGAUGAAGAUUCAUUCAAACACAUAUUCUCACAGUUUUUUCCCCAAGGUGAUGCCUCACAAUAUGCCCAAUAUGUGUUCAAUACAAUCAAGAGAAAUCAAACUGGAAAAAUUAGCUUCGAGGAUUUUUUGGCCAUAUUGUCCAAAGUUUCUCGAGGAAGUGUUCAAGAGAAACUUCAUUGGAUAUUUGGAUUGUAUGAUCUCAAUAAAGACGGAGUUAUAACAAAAAAAGAAAUGCAAGACGUAGUACAUUCCAUUUAUAGCAUGCUAGGAAGACAUACUGACCCACAAGUAGAUGAUCAAUCUGCAAAAGACCAUGUUGACCGAAUUUUUCAUUUAAUUGACAAGAACAAUGACGGUAACGUGACCUUAGAUGAGUUGAUCGAAUGGUGCAGCCGGGACGAGGGAAUACUCCAGUCGCUGGACACGUUGGACACUGUUUUGUGAAACGAGCCACGCUCGCCCGAAGUGCGCGUGGGCACGAGAGACCGGGCGAGCCUGUUCAAUUGGUAGACAGCCGAAAUACACUUAUGUGGUGACGAGAAAGAACAAAAUUUUAAAAACAAAAUACAAUACACAAAAACAUAAAAUCAAACAACUCCGCUAGACGGCCGCAGUGACCAUCGACCCUUUUUGGCUAUUUCAAAGGAGAAUGUCAGCGUAACUUAUUUAUACAUUCAUGUCUCUAUGUGUUACUAUACUCACGAAUACUCGUUAUAAUAUUUUACGAUUAAAAUAUUGGUAAAAUACCCAAUAAAUGAGGGGAAGGGGCACUAUCGCAAUAUUUAUCUCUAUAUACCUACGUUUAGUAAAUGCCACCCGCCUUCUCGGUGCACUUAUUUAAUUGGUUGUAAAACCUUAUAAUAUUAUGUGUGAACUGCAGUUUGGCAAUAAAGUGAGAACUGCUUGCGAAGAUCUGUUUUGUAAUUGUUUUGUAAGUGGCAGACAGAGACAACAGAAUAAAACGUUAUACGCUGACGUUAUUUUAACAAUGAUUGCUGUACGGCCGUCGAUUGGAUAUAAUAUGAUGUACGCGAACCGGAAACAAUCGCAUCGUUAUAAUAAACAAUAAUAUUAUACUAUAUUACUAUAAUAUGCCACACACCACCGCCGGAAACGCGUCUAUCUGUAUACUCCAUACCGUACUUCCGUACCUAACCAUAUUGGUCUACCAUUAUUGUUAUAUAGUUUUUUGUGUGCCUAAAUACCACACGUAAUUUUAUAAGACCCAUAAUAAUUGGCUUAAAAUAAAAUAUUAUUAUGUAUUUUUAUCGAUUUAUUGAUGUUUAAUAGAGUUUGCUGGAAUAAUAUUUAUUACAUGAGAUAAAAAAAAAAUUUCAAUUUAUUUCUUUCACAGUAAUAAUGUAGUCAUACAAUAUGAUAUUUAUAUCGUCAUUGUUAAGUUACUAAUACUUAACAAUUAUAAUAAUUCUGUUUGCUACAGGGUAAUCUAAAAAGUGUGUCCAAUUGUUCUUCCUAUUGGAUACUUCAAUGUUUUCACUUUAUAAAUAAUAAUAAUAUAAUAUUAUAAUCAAACAAUUGUUAAUAUUAUAGUACCUAACUAUUUUAACUUAAGUUCAACUUAUUUAUUUGUUUCUAUUGUAUUUAUUGGUAUUGUGUUAUUAUUAUUGUUAUAUCCCCUGAUAAUACUAAUAACUGUAAGAUAAUAGUACUUUUUUUUAAGCCGUCGAAUACUAAUGUCUAAUAGGUUCUAAGAUAAGUAAAUAACUAAUAAGCUAAUGAUUCAUAUUUAAAAUGGCCUACAUUGAUAGAUUUUAAUUAUUUCAGUUGUUCUUCUCGUUCAUAAUUACUUCUUCUUUGAUAUGUUUGAAAAUUUGUACUUCAAGUUGUGAAGAUUAAAAAAAAUUUCUGUCAUACUUGAUAUUUUUGAUAGAUCAUUUACCCUGCCUACCUAUAGUGUAUAGGUACAAUAAUAUAAUAAUUAUUAUUCAUGCAUAAAUUCAUCAAUCAAUAAAAAGAAAAAAUAUACAAUUUUACAUAUUUUGUUAUCGUUAAUAGCUAGGGACAUGAAACACAACACAUAUCAAAAAUAUAACUCAGGUAAUAUGUAUCUUCAAUAGGUAGAUCCAAAAUAUACAAUAUAAAGUUUGCAAUUAGGUUUGCAAUUAUUGGUUUUAUUACAAUGUAUUUAUUUCAUAAUAAAUCAUAAAAUGCAAAACACUACAGUUUGAUUAAAUAAAAUUGCAUUACUUUCUUUCAACAGUCAAUGCAUAUAAUGUUGAUAUUAUAUUCACGGAAUGUCUAUCAUUAUCUAUAUCGAAACUAUUAUCGAAACCAAGCAAAAUUAAAUACAAAAACUAACAAUAAACUUAAUUUAAAUUACGAAUGAUUAUGGUAAUUAAUGUCCGUUAGGUUUGUGUCAUACGAAUUAAUGUAAAGUUAAUGAAAAAUAUUUAAUGUCAAACUUAAUUUAUUGUUUACCUCGCCCAAACCCUAUGUAUAAUAUUAAAUGUCUAAGUAAUAAUGCGAUAUUAAAAUGACAUUGUGUUCAUAUAAAUAUAUGUAAUUACAAAUUGCAAAUGUAAAAUGUAAUAUUUUAAAUUAUUAAAUACAAUAUUACGUUCUAUAAAGUCGUUUGGGAAAUGAACAUAUUAUUAUUAUUUUUAUUGGAAUAUGUAAAAUUAUGUUCACGUAGACUACAACUUACUGUUGCUUGUUGGAACUCUGUAUUUUACUCAAUGAAAAUAAGUUGUGCUUAAAUUGAUAGGUACCUACCUAAUCGUCCAAUCGCCUUUUAUAUUUUAUUUAUACUACCUAUAUGUAUUUUAAUUUAGCCCUUGAUAUUAUUUAUGUAUUAUGUAUAAUAUAUUUAUUCAGUAAAUUUAAAUACAACUUAUUUUUGUCGUUAUUUAUUUUGAUUUUAAAUUUAAUAUUAUAUGAAUUUAUGUAUUAUUAUUAUUUUAUUAUUAACAUAAAUGCAUAUUAUUGUACCUAUGCCUUUUGAAUAUGUGAUGUACUAUUAUAUUUCAAUGAAAUUCAUUGUAAUUUAUUGUAAAUAAAAUUUCUUCCAUUACAA